CGACAGUAUGUGUAAGAGGAAACUACACUUCCUCUUUUAAGUGUGAAGGUUGUCUGGUCUGUUACAAAUGCAUACUUUCUUACCGGGACAAAAUUAACCCUGCUGAUUACUGACCAACAAGGAUGUGCAUCAAGUUGCUUUUGACCUUUCUGGCCCUCGGCGACACUUUGUCCGUCUUAAUUAAAGAGUGGGAGGAGUGGAAAAUCAAACAUCACAAGGUUUAUGAUAAUCAGACUGAGGUCGAUUUCAGGAGAGCGGUGUGGGAGAAGAACAUGCAGCUGGUGUUGAGACACAACCAGGAGGCCUCAGCUGGAAAACACAGCUUCACAAUGGGACUCAAUCAUCUGGCUGACAUGACAGCUGAGGAAAUCAAUGAGAAACUGAACGGCCUGAAGCUGGAGGAGUCUAUUCCUGUCAGAAAUGGCACUUUUAAGGAAGCGAGUGGCUUCGGGACACCUCAGAGCGUGGACUGGAGGAAGAGCGGACUGGUCAGUCCAGUUCAGAACCAGGGGCCGUGUGGGUCCUGCUGGGCCUUCAGCUCUUUGGGAGCUCUUGAGGGCCAGAUGAAGAAGCGAACAGGCGUCCUUGUCCCCCUGAGCCCACAGAACCUGGUGGACUGCAGCACCAAGGAUGGACACCACGGCUGCAGAGGAGGAUUCAUCUCCAAAUCCUACAGCUACAUCAUCCACAACGGAGGCGUGGACUCAGAGAGCUUCUACCCCUACGAACACCAGGACAGGAAAUGUCGCUAUUCUGUCAAGGGAAAGGCCGGCUACUGCUCUGAUUUCCAUAUCCUCCCACGAGGAGAUGAGAAGACUCUGCAGGCUGUGGUGGCGUCAGUGGGACCGGUCGCUGUGGCCGUGAACGCCAUGCUGCCAUCCUUUCACCUCUACAAAGGAGGUUUAUACAACGUACCCAGCUGCAACCCAAAGAUCACCAAUCACGCCGUUCUGGUUGUGGGCUACGGUACAGAAGGAGAACAAGACUUCUGGCUCGUGAAAAACAGUUGGGGAACUGCGUGGGGAGAAGAAGGCUUCAUUCGAAUGGCCAGAAACAAGAAGAAUCUCUGCGGCAUCGCCAGCUUUGCAGUCUAUCCUUCGCUGUGAAAACAGGACCCAUCCCCUGAUUCAUCGUGGGAGAAGUUAUUAUUUGCGUUAUUUCAUUUAUUUAUUUAACAUCAGAGACCAGAUGUUUGUUGUUUCCACUUUAGUAACAAAACGGCAGAUGUUGUCCUGUAAGUCAAAGAUACUGUCCUCACAACAGUGCUUUAAAAGUUAAUUUCCCAAAAUUACAUCUGCUUCAGCAGCCCUUCUCACUGCUUUCAUUUCUUGAAAGAAUACAAAUGUCUGAAUUUCACUUAAUACGAUGAGCUCUCAUCUCUCAUUCGCUGAUUGAAAAAAGAUUGCUUGCUCUGUACCUUUAAAUAUGUCUUUUAUAUAUCAGGAAGCUUCCACACUGUAUUUUAUAUAUAUUUGACAUGUUUAUUUAAAUCUUACUAUUUAAAUGUUGGCUCAGCUUUUGAUGGAAGAAAGAAAUACCUCUGAUCCAUGAAGACAUGGGAAUGAAAUGUUAUCAUUUUGGUUAUUAGUUGUAGUAUUGCUGCAGUUGAGGUAUUUUAUUAUGAAAUAAAGUUAUUUCAUAGUUAU